AUGGUGAAGAUGGACGAGGCGAAAAAACGGAGGAACUUGUUGCAAACCAUUUUUGAGCAACACGCCGUUAGGAAGAAAAAAAAGGCAAAGAUCAAUCUAAGGAUAGUAUACGGAUCGGAAGGGUCCAACAGCUACAAGAAGGCGAAGGGGUUUCUAAACGAAUUCAUACAAUUUUUCAAAGACAUAGAAAAUAUAUGUAACGAGGUAAAUAGAAUAGUAACGGAGGAGGGAGGGAGCCACCACAUUUUCAACGGAAGGAAAAACGAACUGUAUCACGGGGAUGACAACAGACUGGUGAAAUAUUUUAAGGAGUAUUCAGAAUUGUUACAAAGGAAGAAUGAACAAAGUGGAAGGAAUGGCAAAAAGGAUUCAUUCAAAACGGAGAGGGUAAAUGCUGCACAUGAAGCUUUACAAGAAUUUCAAGAGAAGGAAAAAAAAUGUAGCGAUAAAUUUGUGAACUACCUAGACUGUUGCAUAAGCAACAAUGUCUGCACAGUCAACUUUGAUUUUGUGAACGGCAACGAGUUCAACGAUUAUACGUUCUUCGAACGCACCAGUGAAUAUGACUUAAAUGUGAUGGUACUAUUUGUUAGUACAGCUAGUAACGGUUCUUUCCCCAGGAAUUGCUACAAGUUUGAACAGCUGUUGGAAGAUUUAUUUAACGACUUCCGCGUUGAAAAAGAUUUUUUAAAAAAUAUUUUUUAUACUUGCAUAGGGUUUGGAAACAAACAGUACGGAAGUACUCACUUUUGCGCACCUGUUAAGAAGUGUGACAAAUAUCUCACCUCCUUGGGUGCACAAAAAUUGUUUAGGACGUUAAAACUGUGUGAUGAGGAAAACAACGAAGAAACAUUCCUUCUGUGGAAAUGCAGUUUAUUUAAGACGAUCAGUUUGGGUUUCCUUUUCUACUGUUUUAAUUUUCCCCAGUUAGGGUCCUUCAUGCCGUAUGCAGACAGGAAGAUUUACAAUUCGCUGCAGCACUAUUGCUUCUUUUUUUGCGCAAAGGGGGAAAAUAGGAAGGGCAGAGAUGAAAACUUCAGGGUGGGGAGCAGAACGGAUGUGGCGUCGAUUGAGGUGCCAUAUCAGGGGGGGCAACACAACCAUGUGACUGUUCAGAAGAGGGAAAGUCCUCAAGCGGUCGAUCCCCCCAUUGAGGAUACCCUUAAAGUGGACCCUCCUACCAACGCAUCUUGCAGCACCUGCGGGGAAGGCACCCACAACGGGUGUACCCCCCCCAAUGGUGACGAAUGGGAAGAAGUACCCACCGCCCAAAGCAGCGACGAUGAAAUGGUAGAAAAAAGUCCACAUUCGUAUGGAAUAAAAAAAAGGGAAGAUGUGAAGGCAAGUACCUCUCUCUGUAGCAGCGGUGACGAAUUGGAGGACCUCAUCCCAGACAAACCGAAGGAUAUGCUUACAUCCAACCAACGAAAUAAACUAACAAAGGAAGGAUACAAAAUUAUCGGUUCGCAUAGUGCAGUAAAGUUAUGCAGAUGGACAAAAUCGCAUUUAAGAGGUCGAGGUGGAUGCUACAAACAUACCUUUUAUGGAAUUAAUUCUUAUCAAUGUAUGGAAGCUACGCCAAGUUUAGCUUGUGCCAAUAAAUGCGUCUUCUGUUGGAGACAUCACAAAAACCCAGUGGGGACUCACUGGAAAUGGAAUAAAGACGACGCAGAAAUGAUAGUAAAUGAAGCACUUAAAAAACAUAAAGGUAUGAUAAAAGAACUGAAAGGAGCACAUGGAGUUGUUAAAGAAAGAUUUGACGAAGCAGCUAAUGUUAGACAUUGUGCCUUGUCCCUAGUGGGGGAACCAAUCAUGUACCCAGAUAUUAACAAGCUAAUUGAUGAGCUGCAUAGUAAGAACGUUUCGACCUUCCUAGUUACGAAUGCACAGUUCCCAAAUGAGUUGCAAAAAUUACACAAAGUGACACAACUGUACCUUUCGAUUGAUGCACCUAAUGAAGAGGCUUUAAAAAACAUAGACAGGCCAUUGUUUAAAGAUUUUUGGGACCGCUACAUACGAUGCAUUAAGAUUCUAAAAAAGAGAAAAGAAAGAACGGUGUUUAGAUUUACCCUAGUCAAGGAAUAUAAUAUGAUGUCUGAAGAAAUUUUAAGUUAUUCUAAGUUGGUAGAAUAUGGCUACCCAGAUUUUAUUGAAAUAAAAGCUGUAACUUAUUGUGGUUCCUCCGAUGGUUAUCAACUUACUAUGAAAAAUAUUCCAUGGCAUGAAGAAGUCUACCAGUUUGCCUACAGUUUAAUACACUCUAAUGGGUACCUUUCCGAUUCGUAUGAAAUUGCCUGUGAGCAUAGACACUCUUGCAGUAUUUUAAUAGCAAAAAAAGAAUUCAAAAUAAAUGAUAAAUGGCACACUUGGAUUGAUUAUGAGAAGUUUCAAUUUUUGGUGAGGCAGAAUAAAGAUUUUACCGCCGCUGACUACUGUGCCGAAACCCCAUCCUGGGCCGUCAUGGGUGCAGAGGAACGGGGCUUCAACCCCUGCGAUGAGAGGGUCUACACGAAGGGCAAAAACAAAAAUAAGCCGCCCCUUACGGAGAACACCUCGCAGUGA